AUGGAGGCAGACAGGAUAAAAUCGAGCGGCAAGACAGCUUCUCCCAAGCUUCCCCUCGAUGUAGAGGGCCCUGAUUACUGGAAAAUUCACAUCAAGGACCUCAAAGAUAAGGGCGAGCUGGACGAGGAAAUCAACCACCCUUUCAACUUGGACUGGGUCCUUACCCACGACUUCCUCACUGACUACUUCAUCCGUCUGACCCUGCAGCCGGCCUUCGUUCCCCGCCGCGGCGAAGUCGUCCUCUGGACUGCAACCCUCGACGGUAGACUGGAGUACAAUGAGCAGACUCAAUCGGUGCAGAUGCGCGCCGAAGACGGCACAUGGCUCGGCAUGCCGGACUGGCGUGCCGGCGUCGUCACGCAGAUCGCAGAAGAAGAAUCCAGCUACCUCGACAUCGUCCAGGAAACCACCAAGAAGAAUCCGAUCUCGUACUCCGGGUUCCGGGUCGAAACGCUCCCCGACCCCGUCGAAGACGACAAGUCCUACUCGAUGCAGUAUAAAUACCUCCCCCUGAAAUGCAUCAAGCCCUUCGGCGCCUUCGAGCGCUUCCUGUACCCGACGCCGCGUGAGAAACUGCACCCGUCCAUCGAAAACGCGCUAACGACCAUGUCGUCGUACAGCCUGCUGCAUAAGGUCCGCUUCAAGGGUAAAUGGCCCAACGCGCGGGUCUACUGUAAAGGCAUCUUCAUUGGCCCGGAGCUCCUCGCUGUCAUGGACACGGUCCGCCUGAAGCCCUUCGGCAUGAAGGCCAGUGACCUGGAGGACAAACAGGGCCAGGUGAGAGGGGACAUGGGCCCGACGGUCACGGACGUGAUGGUCAUCGAGGCGAUAUGGUUACAGCUCGACGAGUGUAACGCGGACCCAAGCAACGAGCAGCUCGCGCGGAAGACGGUCCCCUACAUCGCGGGCAAGGUUUACACGCUCGACCCGCGCCGGCUGGAACGGGAAAUGCCCUUUGCCACGGACCCGUUGCAGAAGCUCACCUCUUGGGAGAUUGACAAUACUUUCCGGCAGGUGGGCAUGCGCGUGUAUGGCAAGUGGUACCGGGUCGCGGGGGGCAAGACCUGCGUCGUGACCCCGGGCAUGAUACUCGGCCGGUGCUACGAGCCCGAGGCUACGUACCUGCACUACGGGAGCUUUAAUCUGGACUAUGACCUGCACGGCGUGCUGAGCGGCCGCCGCUUCUCGACUCAGGCUGACGGGCGCAUCCCUGAAGGCGUGGAGUUCUUCUGGGGCGACUCGCGUGUGGAAACGCUCGGCCUGGCCACCAUGAACGGGGUCGACGUCGGACCAGCCGCUGAGCAACGCGAUGAUCCUGUGCGAUGGCAAGCCAUUCUGCGGAUUCUGCACGGGAGUACAUCGGACGUGGACGUGAGGCUUGCAGAUCUGCCGAGCUCGAAGAGCGUGGGCCGGCCUCCGUCGAAGAAAACAUUCAGUGAGGUGAGCAAGAUGAGCAAGCUUGUUAGUACCGGGCUGGGUGCCACUACUGAAAACGAGGAGGAGGGGAAUAAUUCUGCAACUGAUGAGGGCACCACGUCGGAUAUGGAUCUCUCUGAGAGCGAGCUUAUGGUUGUGAUUCCAAUCCGUGAGCAGAGCGAAGGGCCGGAGUACGUGGAUUGA